AUGAGGAUUCGGCCGUCGUCUUUUGAUGGGAUCCACCUUCGAAUAUCUCCACCAGACACGCUUACUCCAAAUGGAGGCCAGCUCACCAAUGAGGCCCAGGCUUCACAACGCGACCUUCAACUGACUGAGAUCCUGACCGAGUUGGAGAGCUUGGGUCGCCAUACCCUUGGCGCUCAGCAGCGUUGUCUUGAACGUCGACACAGUUGGCGACCGUUUCAGCCGAACCCCGGCGGUGUCGGUACCGACCUCUCGUGGGCGGGGCACCAAGCCCGGCGAACCGUGGAGCGUGUGUGCGACCGGCUUAAGUGUCAGUUGGAGGAGUUUGAAAGCCAUGACGACGAUGAAGACGAUGACGACAACGACGACGAUGAGGAGGCGUCAGAAGCGGAAGGACACUCUUUGGCGGCGGUCGGUGAGAAGGGUACUGGCGUCGACGUUGAUACAGAUAGUCGCCCGACCGAGGCCAGCUACGACGUCGAGGAGGAGGAUGAGGAGGAUGAGGAUGAGGAGGAUGAGAAAAAUCAGCUGAUAGUUGCCAUGGCGACGGGGGAGGAUGAUAUGAGCAAAGCAGUUCGUAUUGUCCACCACAAUCGACUCACGGCCUCGGUGGGCUCUCCGGCAGACUGGCUUGAGCAACGGCCGACGACCAAUGAAGGCACUGGUGCACAGACAACAAUAACUGCCCCGGUCAGCUCGGAUAGAGCCUCGUCUCGAGGCCGUGAGGCUACCUCGACAAUGAGUACCGGCCGGUUUUCAGUAGACCCGGGGCCAGUCGAGGAGGACGGUACAGAGAACGAUGCCGAUGACUUGUGGUCGGAUCGGCUCGAUUUGGCCUCUGCCCGUUCGAAGCCCUUUGAAUGGCUAUGCGAACAGUUGACUAGCAGUCGAGCCUCUCUUGAGGACCGCCCUAGCACUGAGGUGACGUCACUUCGUUCCAUCACUCGACUGAUGCGCACUCCUUUGCCCAAAGUCUGCCGUCUACCAACAGCAAAGGGUCCCCUUAAGAUGUACUUCUCAAUACUUUCACAGACUUCUGAGUUUUUGGCAACUUGGGAGAUAGCUCUCAAAUGGACUAUUCUAAUAUCAUUCGGGCUUUGUAGAUCGGGAGUCAGACGGUUAGACGUAGUUGCUAGAGCCUGGUUCGAUCGGAGAUGUCGUUUCUCGGUUUCUCAGCUCCAUCGGAGUCGUGGGGGGAGGGUAGCAGAUGAGUCUUGCAAGAUGCCUCGAGGUGGUCGUCUCAAGACGGGGCGAAGCCAUUCAACGAGUCCCUUCCAGAGUCGAGGAUUCACAUGA